CUUUGUUGUUGUUAAUGCAGGUGCGGAAAAAAGGGGCCACCUCGUAGAUUGGGUGGAAAAUGCGUCUUUUGCCUGUCUCAGCAAAUUGUUUGAGAUAGACGCCAAGGAGAGGCAGUGCAAGACGCUGCUGACUGCGCGGAACCUAAUGACUGUCGUCCGGGAGCCCCAAGAGUACGUCAUCAACAUUCUCCCCAGGAAGAUGCCAAAGGAGGUGGUGCUUGGGGAGCAUUAUAUUGUGAAGGAUCUCCCGAUUUACCAGGCGUCAAAAGAGGCUGACGCUGAAAAACGCCGGGUUCUCCUGACAAUCGGGAGAAGAAGAAAAACGAUGGGACCCUUCAGAAGGCUCCCGGACAGAAACGCGGCGUAGACUCUCCUCCAAAUAAAGCUUCAGCGAAAAAGAAGAAGCUGGUGAAGAAUGGGAAGGGGGUGAAGGAGCUCACCCCUCCCAGAGAAUUUACUCCUCCGCCAAUUAUUCAUGAGGCGGAGGUAAUAAUAGAGGAGCCAGUGAACCCUGCUCCUCACUCUGUCUCAAGCGGAUCCAGACACAUCGCGGGACUAAACCACUCAAGUACCCCUUUGGCAGCGGUUGCCCGUCCGGCAAACUUGGCUGAGGAAGCUGCGUCCAUCAACCAUCCGGACUUACCUACUCCGGAUGCUGAUGCAGUUGAAGCUGUUUGCGCGGACCCAAUGGAGGAAGCUGGGGCAGAAAGUCAAAGUCAGCCCUCUGACGAUUUGGAUCGGCUGGCUCUUGUUUUGGUGAAGGGGCCACCUUCAAAGAGGCCUCGCUCAGCGCACAAUCUGAGGUCCGGACUCCUCGGGCGGCUUCAAGAUCGUCAGCAAGAAAUCGAGGUCAGUUGUUCGUCCGCCCACGACGCUCAUCCGGAGGGGGGCGAAGUGGAGAUGGCGACUGAGCCUCCAGCCGUCCCUGUGAUGGUCCCGGCUGAGGUUGCACCCGGGGAGACCCAUCCGGUCGUAAAUGUUGAGGCCCUGAAUCCGGAACAAGAGUCUCCUUCUGUUACCUCAGCAGGCGGGGAUCUUGUUAAUGAUGCUGCUUGCAGCUCCGCUAGUCCUUUCAGCUACGCGGAGUUGGAAGAGAAGCUGAAACAGAUUCCACCCGGUUUGCCCAAUGUGAUGCCUUCAGCCAAGAUGUUCGAGAUGGUGGAAACGCUGGUGAGUGGUCUCCGUGGUAUGGCCAAUCAAUACGACCUUUUCACUGACCUGCUGCGGACCACUGAUUAUAUGAAGGCCUUCGCCGCUCGGCACAAAGAUACUGAAGAUCAGUUGCGCCUGAGACUGGGGGAGGCCGAAGCCAGCGUAUCCACCGCUCGAGAAGACAAUGAAGCCCUCCGGGUGGAUUUGGCUGAGGCUAAGGGCCGGGAGGAAUCAUCGAUCGCCCGCCUGCAUGAGGCAGAGGAUGAGAUAGCCCGGCUGCGGGGGAAAGUGAGGCAACUCCGGACAAAAGCUUCUAUUGAAAAGAAGCAAAAAGAAGAUUUGCAGCUGCGCUUAACAGCACAAAAAGAAGAGCUAGAACGGGAGUUUGCUGCAGAGAGGGAGGAACUGGAAGCGGACUACCAAAAACAAGUGGAUGAUACCUUCAUCUUCGGCUAUCGCUGUUGUAUGAAGAAGAAUGGCAUAAAGCGGGACGUCCCUUCUAUUCCUCCGGGUGAAGAGAAGAAACUUUAAGGCUGCUCCCUGAUGGCUUUUGUCUUUUUGCAAUUUCUUGCUGUAAUCCUCUUUUUGUAUUUUCUACGGUCCGGAGACCUCU